AUGGUGCCAAAAAAGAGUGGCAUUUCAGGAUCAUCACAGGUAAGAUAGCCUCAUUGGGGUACCGUAAUUUUUCUUAGGGUACAGUAGGAAAGUUUUAAGGUCUUAUAGUCUUUAGAGAAGGCCAGUUCUACUCACGUACUGUAACUUUUACUAGAGUACAGUAGGAAAGUUUUUAGAGUACAGUAGUAAAAUUGAAAGACCUGAUAUUGGAGUACUGUAACUUUUCAACACUUUUUUGUUAUUAAGCCUACUGUAACAUACCAAAAUCAAAUCGAACGCUAAAAGUGCAAUUUCUUUUAAAAUUUAAUUAGUUUUGUCACAAAUUUGAACUACGAUUUCCGAAAACAAUAGUAACCUGUGGUAUGUUGGUUAUUUACACCCACCAACAUGUGUAAUAUGUUGGCGCAAUUAAGUUCAGUUUUUGAUGCCUAAAUUCGUGGAACUGGCCUGUCACAAUUCAAUUACCAAAGUGACAUAUUACAACUCUUUUCGACACACUUUUAACCCAAUUUCAAUAAUUCGAAAUCGGGUUUUAGGUAUAGUUAGGGGUGUGAGAAGUGGGGCAAUGAUGAGGUCUUGUAGGUAAUGAGCUGUUAUUAGAGCUGGUAGGUAUUGGGAUAUGACUGUCAUUGGUUUUAGACCAUAAAAUGAGACUUUUUGUAAGUUGUCAGAUGAAAAUGUUACCUAAAAGGCUAUUUUUCAUACCAAAACUACAUCAUUUAGUACUAAAAUACAACUUUAUAGUAAUAUUAGUACUAGCACAAUACACAGAUUAUUAUUAGCAUCAUACUAAUACUAUUACAAAGUUUAGUUCCUAUCUUUUUGUUACCUAAAAAUCUAGUUUUUAUACCAGUACCACAUCAUUUAGUACUAAAAUACAACUUUACAGUACUAUUAGUACUAACAUGAUAAUAAUACUAGUACUAGAGUGAUACUAAUCUUAUUACGAAGUUCAUUUCCCACCUUUUUGUUACCUAAAAAUAACUUUUUUAACACUUUUACCCGUAAAUAAAUGACAAGACCCUCAAUAACAAGGUAGUUAUUGUAGUUUGAUAACUUUGUUUUACGUAUUAUGUUUACACAUACGUCAAAAUAAUACCUUAAUUAGUCUCAGUAGGCUUUAAAAAACUUUUGGCUAGUCUAAUAUUAUCUAUUCUAUUAAACUUUGGUUUAGAUUUUGUCGGCAAUUAGAGGGCGCUUAAAUAGAACAAGGUUUAUAUUGUUGGUAUAGGGCAUUUGAUGAGGUAAAAUACGACUUUUAGUAACGAAAAAAACAAUCUUAAAUUAAAUAAAAUUUUUUUUUAAUUAAAAAUUACUUUAAAAUGGCAAUAUAUUGUAGUAUACUUACUAUAAUAAGUUUACAAUAAUAGUAAAUCUACGAUAACAUGUCUAAAAAAGGAAAUCUGCUAUAAUAUGCCCCAUUUCCAGGCCAUCAUCAACUUUUGUAUUGAGAACGCGAAAGGUGACGUUGCUUCCAGAGUUGUGACCAGAAUGGCGAACAAACGUGAGGAUUUCAACCAAUUCUUGUCCAGUCUUAGCAACGAACAGUUCAACACAAUCGUCGGGUCUCUACGCGAAUACUUCCAAAACGUCGUCCAGAACCUACAGUCUUCAGAUAAAGUCAGUUCCGCUGAAUUUUUAAUCAGAAUUCGUUAAAAUAAGUUUAAAAGAGUAGUUGAAAUACCUUGUUUUUGGUUUUUUCAUAGGUUGUUUGCGAAGAAACUUAUAGAAAAACCUAAAAUAAGGCCCAAGAAAUUUUAAAAAACGGUUUUUUACAAACUUUCCAACCGAAAUUUUAAGUUUUUAAACUAGUUUUUGAUUCUUUUUUAACAUUUUUUAACAAACCUACUUUAUAGAUAAAAGAAAUCUCAGUGCAAUACGGAGCAGAUCAGGUACCAAGACGGGCAUGGGGCUUCAAGGCCGAUUACUUUGCAGUUAUGGCCAGUGCCCUAACGACAGAAUGCGUAUUUUUGGAUGGUGCACAACAUCAGGUACUUUUAAAUCGAUUUAUAUGAUAUAUAUCAAACUGAGCUUACUUUUGAUGUAUCUUAGCUUAUGUUUGAUAUAAAUAUAUUAGGUUCAGUUUGAUGUAUAUAAUAUAGUAAUAAGUUUUGAUAUAUUAGGUUGUUCAAAUAGUUCUGUGUCGCUAACCUCCAAAAAAUGCUUUGAAAAAGAGCACAGAAGUCUUCGAGCAACCUGAUAUAUAAGGAUGCUUUCUUCUGCACGGUGCAAUUCCUUAUGUUAUUGCACCGUGCAGUCCUUUUUCCUUUGCACCGUGCAGUCUCUUUUCCUCUGCACAGUGCAGUCUUUAAAACAAAAAUUUUUCAAACUUUUUUAUAUUGUAUGAUUGAUUAUAUGAUAUAUUUUUAGCCCACAGAAGCCAUUGAAGCCUGGUCAGAGCUAGCAGAACUCAUGUUCAGUAACAUUAGGGAUGGAUAUUAUCAACGAGUAAGUUUUCUCAUUUUUUUUGUUUUGAACAUGAAAAAAACAAAAUUUUCUAUAAAAUACUAGGUUUAAAGUUAGCUUUGGGUCAUAAAAUGUCAUUCCUUUUUAAAAUUUUACAAAACUAGGCCUAAAACUACCGUUAUCUUUUUUGUGUUCCAAGUACAAUAUUAUGCAAAAUCCAAAUUUUCUGUAGCCAAAUGUGUCACGAUGACCUUCGCCUGAGGCGUAAAUAUUUACCGUAAAACAAAUUAAUAAGAAUUAGGAAAAUAAAUUAGGACUCCUAAUCCUAUUUAUUCAUACCUCACAUAAGCCGGAUGUUCUCACGGCUGUAAAAAUCGCUACGUAACCGUGGCACGGCAUUGAAAACGGCACGGAAACAGGACUGUUUGAAGCCAUUACGUGCCGUUUUUGGGGUUUUAAAGUUUACAAUCGAACAAAAUGUUCGAGGAAAUUUGUAAAAAUUGAUUAAUUUUGGAUAUUAUGGUAGGGAAAGGGGAUGUUACACUCGAAAAUGGCUGUAAAAAUUGAAAAAAAAGGUGUGAAGAUUUCAAAUUGGCUUAUGAACAUAUAAAACAUAUAUUUUAUUACAAUAUUUUACAAUACAACCGAAGAAAAUUGUUAAAAUGAUAUUGUAGUAGCCAGUAAAGUAAAGAAAAGCCCUUGUUUUGCCACAAUACCAGACUUAAAACAAAAUUUUUUGUUGACAAAAUUAAAGAAAAUACAUUUAAAUCCUUUGAAAACCUUCUUUAACUUCAAAAAAAUUAAAAUUUUUGUUUUGUUAAGCCAAAAAGUCGUCGAAAACAUAAAAAUUAGGCCAAGAAUUCAGUUUUCAAAAGUGUAAUGCGUUUAAAAUUAGCCUUCUGAAGCCGUUCAAGAGUUCCGCAAAUUAGGAUUUGGUAAAAAGAAUACCUAAUCUUCUAGAAUUUGGAAUGUGAAACCAUAUAAAGUUAAUCUUUACAAUACGGAAACAUUCACAUAGCUAUCGACGUGGAAUUAAAAGGCGGAUGAAAAGUCGUUUAGGAUAAUUAAAAUUGGAAAAACUAAAGUAAAAUGCUUUUAAAAUUAAAAAAUAUUAUCGAAAUGAGAAGUUAAAGAUCUUAAUAUGUUUAAAUUCAGCGCAAAUGUUACCUAAAAACCUUUAAAGUUAUAAAUUUUAAUUUUAAAAAUUUUGAAAAUUCAAAUUCUAAAUAUAAUAUUAACAUUUUCAGAUUCGAUACCUCCGCAAGAACUCUCACUGCUUCAACCAGUUGUUCACACAAUCCUCCGACCAGUCGACUGAAGACUCCGGCAAUCAAUUACUUACCCCCUCACCCUCGCCCAACCGCCUCUCCCCCAACCCAAACUCAAGACCGGUCGAUCGACGAGCAAACACCCUGAGGACACAGAACACGUUAGUAACUGGAGAUACCGUGAGGUCGUGA